UUACAGCAAUGAAAUCGACAGUUCUCCUGUUUUUAUUGGUGCUGAUAAGUGGAAACAUUACAUUAGUUAUUGCUCAAGAUCCUUGUUCGACCUCUGUGUAUACAGAGCUUGGAGAUUUGGCGAAAAGAAACCCAUCUUAUGUGCAGGACUCUGUCCCGCUCUGUGACCGAUACAUUGUACGGAAAUGGUAUAGGGCCAGCUACCACAAAAUGCCUACCUCCGAACCCACCCUGGGAAUGUGUGGAACGCUAUAUCCUUAUUGGAUGAAUGAUUCACCGCCACAAUCAGGAGAAACGAAAGCAGUGACAGUUUGUCAAGUUGGAUUCAGUAGUAGCUGUUCAAAGCAGCACACCGUAAAUGCAAAGAAUUGUGGGAAUUUCUUCGUAUAUGAAUUGACACCUUUGGAUCAAUGUAACUCUGCAUAUUGCUUUGUCUUGGCCCAAAAAGUCAAAACAUGA